AUGUUCAAGUUCUCCUCGCUCCUCUCGCUUGUCCUUCUUGUCGGUUUCGUCAACGCCCUGGGGCCUUUCCCAAAGCCCGUCACGGUUACUGUGACCGUUUCAGCGCCGUGUUCGCCGCCUAGCCUCCCGGCCAGCCCAAUUUCGGCCGCUUUCUCAGCUGCUAGCAGUUUGGCGGGGGGCUCUCUAGCCGAGCCCAAAAGACUGGCUAUCCCCAGCUCACGCUCAAGCCGCAGUAGCAGGACCCCUUCCUCCUCUAGCAUUGCUGCUAGUGCUUCCGUUUCGGCUCCUGGGGUUUCGUUCGAUGUCAAUCUCGCUUUAGCCCCCCUCCAGCAAAUUACCGCCGGUUGGUAUUCCCAAAUCAAGACCUACUCUGCCGCUUUGCAGAAGGCCUUUGGCGAAACACCGGGCUCAAAACAGUGGAAGAAAGACAUUUCUUCAGCCGUCGCACAGCUCGCUCCGCGACUGAACCAUAUCUCCAACCAGGUCACGCGCACGACGAAUUCUUUGACCAGCAAUGCCAAAGACAUCACCAGCGCUGACCAAGUCACCAUUUAUGCCGCUUUGACGACAUUUGCUCAGCAAGUAGGCGCCGUUGCCGAUGAGUUGAACGAUGCCGUCGUCAAGACGACCCACCCCGGAGCACAACUUAAACCGCUGCAUGAAGCUAUUGAGCCUCUUCGUACUCGUCUCAUAACCCUUCUGGCAACUGUUGAGGGAUACCCAGUCACCCCUGCGCAAUUGCAAGCCCUCCAAACUGCAUGGGCACAGGUGACCAACAGCCUGGCCAUCUCACUGAUGAGCACAGCUUCAGCGCAAGCCAAGGUCCACGUCUGA